AUGAAACGUUUGUGCCGCUUUGUGUGUGCUACUCAAUUGUCGUCAUUGCACGCUGUCGUCACGUUGCGUUGUGGUGCGGUGCUGUUUGAUGAGGGAAGGGUGCGAUGCCACGGCUGCUGCGCACCACCACCAUUUAUUGCCUCUGCACCGUCAUUGUUUUUUUUUAGUUUGUGUGAAUUUUUUAUGCGCUCGCAUAAUAUUUUCUUUUGUAUCACGAUGAAUUUGUUGGAGGAGCUUUGGUUUUGGUGGCUGCUUCACGGCGCUUCGCCUCGUGUGUCGGUUGCUGUUUUUCCGCGUGAUGCUAAUGCGUUUGGUGAGGUGCUUACCCUUCAUUUUGAGUCCUGCAGCCAGCCUUGUUUGGUCAUGGCGGCAGCAGUGGGGCUCUGCGGCUGCGUGCUCGUCGCACGUAUCGCAUCUCCUGCUGCUGCUCCCUUGCUGUGUUGGUGGGGGAGUGGGCGAGCGACUGCGUUGGUGGAGUGGCGCCCCAGUUUGAGAAGGAAGGCACUGACCGCUGCUGACGGCGACGGUCUUUGCUGCAGGCGGUCCGACGAGAUGACGUUACCGUCGUCACAGUCAACCGAGAUGGAUGAGGGCCGCACUGCGUCUCUUUCUCUCUCUUCCCUCUAUCCCUCAGUCCUGCAGACACACGCCACACGCACCGCGUGGCAGCGGCGUGAUUACAAACCGGACGUCUAUGAGUCAACAGGCCGUACAAUCGAUGUGGACCCUUGUCCCCUCCGUGUCUGA